GGGCGGUGCUCAGAGGCCCGGGCUGCGCCGUCCGCCGCUGCCGCCGCCCGUCCUCGCGGACCGAGCCGUGACACCAUGCCACAAGAAGAGUGACCUCUUGCUCUGUUUUCACCAUGGAGGACUCGGGAAAGACUUUCAGCUCUGAGGAGGAAGAAGCUAACUACUGGAAAGAUCUGGCUAUGACUUACAAGCAGAGGGCAGAGAACACGCAAGAGGAGCUCCGAGAAUUCCAGGAGGGAAGCCGCGAAUAUGAAGCUGAGUUGGAGACGCAGCUGCAACAGAUUGAAACCAGGAACAGGGACCUCCUGUCGGAAAAUAACCGCCUUCGCAUGGAGCUGGAAACCAUCAAGGAGAAGUUUGAAACACAGCACUCAGAAGGCUACCGGCAGAUCUCAGCCUUGGAGGAUGACCUUGCUCAGACCAAAGCAAUUAAGGAUCAACUUCAGAAAUACAUCAGAGAGCUGGAGCAAGCAAAUGAUGACUUGGAAAGAGCAAAACGGGCCACAAUCAUGUCUCUGGAAGACUUUGAGCAGCGUUUGAAUCAAGCCAUUGAAAGAAAUGCCUUCCUGGAGAGUGAACUUGAUGAGAAGGAGAAUCUCCUAGAAUCUGUUCAGCGACUGAAGGAUGAAGCCAGAGAUUUGCGGCAGGAGUUGGCUGUGCAGCAGAAGCAGGAGAAGCCCAGGACCCCCAUGCCCAGCUCGGUGGAGGCCGAAAGGACAGACACAGCAGUGCAGGCCACCGGCUCUGUGCCAUCCACACCCAUAGCUCAUCGGGGACCCAGUGCUAGCUUAAACACACCAGGGACGUUCAGACGUGGUCUGGAUGACUCCACGGGUGGGACCCCCCUCACUCCUGCAGCGCGGAUAUCGGCCCUCAACAUCGUGGGAGACCUGCUUCGGAAAGUAGGGGCACUGGAGUCCAAGCUGGCGUCCUGCCGGAACUUCGUGUAUGAUCAGUCCCCAAACCGAACAAGUGGCCCAGCCUCGGGGCGGGGGAGCAAACACAGAGAUGGUGGUGAGAGACAGCCAAGCAGCUCUGGCGUGCCUCUGGGUGACAAAGGGUUGGGAAAACGCCUGGAAUUUGGGAAGCCGCCUUCAAAUAUUUCCGCACCGUCGCUGCCGUCAGCCCAGGGUGUAGUCAAGAUGUUGCUUUAGGAAAUCCACGGAAGCUGAAGCCCCGGUGUGUCUGUGCAGGAGUCCUACCUUUCUUCCCCUCUUUAAACUAGGUUUUUGUGUUUUUAAGUUAGUUUGAGAAAUAGCAAACAGUCACAUUAGCCAAUGAGGGCAUCACCCGUGGCCCCUGGUAGUUGUCCUGGGGAAAUGUUGUGUCAUGAUCCCCAUCCUGCUUGCUGGUGUGGAAAGGGACAAACGGGACCCUCUGGAAAGGGCUCGAAGGUAUGGACGCCGAGGCUACCCCAUCAUUGUGAGCUGACCUGAGUCCUGAAUGGUUUUGAGACGUGUUUUUAAUGUCGGGAGAUGCCUUAAAAGUGGGAUGUGAGCCCACCUCAGACUCAGGCCGUCUUCCAGAACAAAAUCUCCCAAGGCUCUGUGGCACAGGGAGGGUCUGUGUAAUGAAAUCAUGUCUAGGAGAGAGGAGUAGAAUAGGCACAUGCCUUUUUAAAAAGAAACUCUUGUGUUGUGUACCUCUGGGACUUUUUAAUCUGGCUCUCACUGAGGCAUUGAGAGCUGUGCUUGUGUUUCAGAGGAGAUCUCGUGUGGACCAGGUCAGUGGAAAGUCUGUGUCCUCUUUAGAUCAAUCCUGAUGGUUAGUCUUCCUCAAACUUCUGCCCUGGCCUGAGGGUGACCUCCGCUUCAGGACCCUGACGGUCUUUAGGGUCAUGGCCUUGGGAAUGCAACCCCUAAGAGUAGGACAUCAUUCAAAGCCUUGAUAAAAUAAUCGGGGUGACCUGCAAAUAAGAUUAAACCACAGGAUUGUUGUUGGAAGCUUCCUUGUCAAAGAAGAAACAAACACGGGAUUUCCACGCGGAUGUUAUAUGUACUCAACCCUGCUUGGUGUGAGCUGCCAUCUCACGCUUUUGGAGGCAAGUAAAAAGAACACACGAAUUCAGGAGCAUGCAUGCAGCUUAAUGACCUUUUGUUACUAAGUUAUUUUUCCAAAAGAAUAGCAAAAAUAUCCUUGAGUUGAAGAUAGAACUUUAGAAGUGCUACUGAAAUUCAACAGAGAAUUGAUCUCUGGUGCCCGGCUCCUUACCCUGGGAACAUUCUAACCUGUAUCGGUGAAAGACGUACUUUUAUUUUUUUAAAAGAACAAUAAAAUCAAGAGAAACUAAUUUUCACCUA